CCACACCUCCACACUAAACCAAUAGGCUACACCUACCCAUUCGCAGCCUUUCACGCCAAGAAGUCCGGCACCCGAUUCUUCCCAAACUGUUCUUCUUCCCAUCUAUAUACAUACACAUAUAACCCUACCCCACCUACAGGAAGAGCGACCCAUCCUCCAUGGAUUCACUCUCCUCCGUCUCGCCUUCCAUUGUUCUCCCUCCCACCAGUGACCCCUUCCGCCUCCGCAGCCGCCGGCGACUCUCCGUGGCUCCUCUCUCCGCUUCCCACUGCCAUGGCAUCCGUCGUCUUUUUUCCUCUUCUUCUUCUUCUUCUUCUUCUUCUUCUUAUUUCGUCGUUGGCUCGUACUCUCCAGAACCUCCCAGAAGGAGAAUUAUUCAAGUUCCUUUUAGUCUGAGAGGUGGAGCUGCGGAAGAAGAAGAAGACGCCGACGGAAGAGAGGAUGUGGAGAGAGCGCUUCACCUGGACGGUACCAUUCCUGGAACUUCGGAUGAGUUCGUGAAGCGGAUGUCGUCGCGUGCCUACGACAUGCGUAGACACCUCCACCAGACCUUCGAUAGCAGCAGCUAUGAUGUACUGGAGGCCAACCCUUGGAGAGAAACUUCAAAGCCUGUUUAUGUACUCACCCAGAGGGAAAACCAAUUAUGCACAAUGAAAACCCGACAGAAUCGCAGUGAAGUUGAAAGGGAGCUAGGCUUAUUGUUUUCCAAGGGAGGAAAGCGGAGGUCUGGAAUUGGAAAUCAGCCCAAACAGUCAAGAACUGGCACGAAGUUUCAGAUGCUUGUUGAGGAUAUUAGGGAGGGAGUGCUAGUAUUUGAAGAUGAAAAUGAAGCUGCGAAGUAUUGUGACUUACUGCAAGGCGGAGGUCAAGGUUGUGACGGUGUCGCAGAGAUAGAAGCCUCCUCAGUUUUUGAUCUUUGUCAAAAAAUGAGGGCUCUUGCAGUUCUCUUCCGUCGUGGGACGACACCACCUCUACCUCAAAGCCUUGAGCUCAACCUGAAGGCACGGAAGCGGUCACUUGAAGACACCGAGGAUUUGCAAUGAAGUUCCUGUAGUUCAAAGGAAGAAUGUGUACAAGAAACUAUGCCAUCAGCAUUAAAGAAUGAAACUUGAUACUGUAAUAUAAGUUUUCUUAGCCGAUUGAAUACAGUCAUUUGUAAGUGAAUUAUACAGCUCGAAUGAAAAUUGUAUAUUUUGGUUUA